GUUAAAGAUGCUCUUGUGCAGUUUGACACGGCGCUUACUUUAGAUCCCACCCCUAUCGAGGCUCAAGCUGCUCUUUAUAAUAAAGCAUGCUGCCAUGCCUACAGAGGGGAAGGAAAGAAAGCUGCUGACUGUUUACGCACGGCUUUGAAAGAGUAUAACCUAAAGUUUGGCACAAUCCUUAAUGAUCCGGAUUUGGCUUCCUUCAGAUCAUUGCCUGAAUUUAAGGAACUACAGGAAGAGGCUAGGUUAGGAGGGGAAGACGUAGGGUACAGUUUCCGUAGAGACCUUAAGCUCAUCAGCGAGGUACAAGCACCAUUUAGAGGGGUCAGAAGAUUCUUCUAUGUGGCAUUCACCGCUGCUGCUGGAAUUUCUACAUUUUUCACUAUACCCAGGUUAAUCCGUGCAAUUCAAGGUGGAGAGGGUGCUCCUGAUGUUGGGGAGACUGCAGGAAAUGUUGCUAUAAAUGUCGUUGGUAUUAUUGUUUUUGUGGCUUUGUUUCUUUGGGAGAACAAAAAAGAGGAGGAACAGCUUGCACAAAUAUCACGUGAUGAAACACUAUCAAGGUUGCCUUUGCGCCUUUCAACUAAUAGGAUUGUUGAACUGGUCCAGCUAAGAGACACCGUGAGGCCUGUUAUUUUGGCUGGGAAGAAGGAGACAGUCUCUCUGGCUAUGAGAAAUGCUGAGAGAUUCCGCUCUGAGCUUCUUAAACGCGGAGUCCUUCUAGUUCCUGUUAUUUGGGGUGAAGGUAGGGAAACAAAAAUAGAGAAGAAAGGUUUUGGUCUUCCUCAAAAGGCAGCCGCUUCUCUCCCAUCAAUAGGGGAAGAUUUUGACCAAAGAACUCAGUCAGUAAUUGCAAAAUCAAAAUUGAAGUCAGAGAUCCGGUUCAAGGCGGAGACCGUUUCACCUGUAGAGUGGGAAAGGUGGAUAAGGGAUCAACAGAAGUCUGAAGGUGUUACUCCUGGUGAAGAUGUCUACAUUAUACUUCGUCUAGAUGGUCGUGUUCGACGAUCAGGAAAGGGGAUACCUGACUGGUCUCAAAUUGUGAAGGAACUACCUCCAAUGGAAGCAAUAUUAAGCAAGCUAGAAAGAUAAUACAAGUUUCUCCGGUUGUGUGCUAAAAGCUUUUCACUACCUGUUGUAUUUUGUGUCAGUUUCCUUUCUUGAAAUAUACAAGGCGCUGAUUGAUGCUUGUCGAGCUCUAACUUACUUACUCUUGUUUGAUCUAUACAUAUUGAUAUAGUUAUUUAAUUUUGAAGUCAGAGGUGGAGGUGGAUUCAUGAUUUUAAAUCAAUGGACACGAAAUACCAGUGUAGUCAUCAAUUUUUAUGACAAUAAAUAAAUGUGGACUUAGUACUUA